AUUUAGUCCGUGUUUAAGGUUUCAAGUGUUUUGUUUACAAAAUGGACGAAUUCAAAGGCUGUAAUCUGGACUACUUCCCUGAAAACAUUUUAAUUGAUGUGUUGUCGUACUUGAGCGUACGGGAGCUCGUCAGAGCCGGAAGAGUGUGUAAGAGAUGGAAACGUCUUGUUAAAGACCAAAGACUGUGGAGACUUGUCGAUCUGACUGCAUGGAAAGGGGUGACAUCCCGCAUACUUUGGCUAUUGCUCCGUCAGUACCUGGGUUGUGGACUAAGGUGCUUACGGUUGCGUGGUUUGCUGCUUUCUGCCCGUGGGGGCACCUUCCUCUCAGAGUCUUGGCUCAAAGCUUUGUCCACAAAGUGCCCUCGUCUGAGUAAGCUCUGUCUUCUGCAUGCAGACCUGAGAGGCCUGCCCAGUUGCCAGGUCCUGCCUGCAUCUUUGCAGGUGCUGGAGCUGCGUGGCUGUGAGCUGCCUCGUGAAUUUUUCAACCAGACUCCUCCUUUACCUGCUCCUUCCCAAGAUAGAGCAGAAGCCACAUCCAGUGUAGGUGCUCAACAGCAAAGAAGGAAUCAGAAAGGAAAGCGGCUUGGAUCACCAUCAGGGAUUGGUAUUGAAAGGUUAGUCCUCAACAAUGUGCCCUCUUUCACGGACCAGCAUCUGCAGAGUCUGACAUCAUGGGAGAGACUCAGUCGUUUGGAGUUGCGUGACACCUUUCGUGUGACGGCCAACGGGCUCAGGAGCUGUGCUGCCAAAGAGGGCAUCCGUGGUGUGGAAGGGCUUUCCAGGCUCAAGUUUCUGGAAAUAGGCAUCACUGGACGGCAAGGUUACCAGCUGCAAAUGGCCUCCCUUGGCCUGGGGGCAGGAUGGAUGGGACUGCAGGAGCUGAGUCUGGGCGGUAAGGAAGUUGGCCCAGGUCUGCUCUGUGCCAGCCGUCUGAAGGACCUGAAGUGCCUGUGUUUGUGGGCCUGCACGCUCAGCGAGAUGCAGAUAGUGCGCAGCUGCAGGAUGCUCCGUGGGCUCCGCCAGCUGGAGUUCUUGGAUGUGAUCUUCCAGCCUCGACAGUGUCCACCAGAGGCAGAAGCAGAGGGGGAGGGUGCUGGUGCAGAAGAGCAGCACAACGAGGAAGCUGAAGGUGGAGAUAAUAGCAAUAAUGAGAACAGGACGCAAGACAUGAACAGUCCCAUUCCAAGUUUGCGUCGUUCCCUGGCUGUCCUCCUGCCAGCCUGCACACUAGUUUUCACCAACUGCUCUGUACAGAUCAAUGUAGACUAAAUUAGGUUUCUGCUACUUCCGUUUACAAGUGACCAAUACAGAUAAAACACUUUUGAUAAACAGGCAUAUGUUAUUUUGUGUAGCAUUAUUGAUAUAACAAAUGACCUAAGUUUUUUUAAUUAUUGUCUCAUGCAUAUAACUGUGCCCAGUCACAUUUGCUUACAAGAUAUCGCAAAUUCAUAGUAAGCUCUGUGUCCACGUGUACAUUUUCAAACAGAACUGCAAAAAGUCCAAAAAUAAGGAAAAAAAACAUUCAAUAUAUUUUCACUAUCAGAUAAUGAGAUCUUCCUGUCAACAGAAUUUAGAAAAUACUGAUCUGACCUCUAGUUCGAUUUUUUUGAGAUUUUUUGACUCUUUUCCUCCUGAAUAUUUUUGAAUCUGCUAGAGGAGGAAUACCAGUUCUUUACUGUGCAACUAAACAUCUUUGGCUUUGACAUAAGUGAACUAUUAAAUAGAAUAUGGGGCCAUACUUUUGUUUAAUGUGCUAAUAUAUCUUAAAGUGUUAGGGUUUUGCCAGGAUAUUUUCAAACCAUUAUUCUUCAAACCUGAAUAAAUGCUUACUUUUAGUGGAGACCUAUAUUGUGAUAUUGUACGUUUUUAUGGAAAAUCGAAUGAGAAACUUUUUAUGGAUGGAAUAAUCAGACAAAAUAGCACACAACUCAAGGCAGUUCAUCACACUGAUGAAACAGUCAUUGUGUUACAAAGCAGUCUUGCUCUUUGAUCAGCAGCGUUGCCUCAGAGGCCCAGACAUACUAAAGUCAGACAUACCACAUGAUAAACAAUUUGGAAGGAUCUCUGAUGGUAGACUCAGAUAUCAUCAUAUGGUCAGUCCUACAGCUGUACCUCGUGUUUUCAAGGUAAAUCAGUGGUCUCACUUCUAAACUGAUUGCUCACAUGAAAAAAAUGCCUGGCACAUGUGGACACAUGCGGCUAAAAAAUAAAGUUUGUAGCGUUGUCUUAAAAACACACACUCAGGCAGGUGUCUGCUCCUGAGACAGAGGACAGAAACGCUAUUGGUGGUGACCCACCUGUUUCCUGUUGUUUCUUGCUCCUUCACUCCUUGUCAGCACUGUGUUCAGAAAAAUUUCUGUUACAAGCAGGUGUUUGGUUUUGGUUUUAAGGGAGAAUAGUGUAACAUACAUGUUUUCGUUGUUAAUUUCCCAAUUGUUUUUUUUCCUAGUUGAUUAUUAGAAAUUAUAAAAUGAGAAAUGAUAAUUAAAAA